ACACACAUGAUAUUCUAAUAUUAAUCACACUCCUGGACUCCUUGGCUUGCUGAUAAACUCAUGCUUGUCUCCUGGCAUGCUCCCUCCAGUGCAGUAUGUACAGUCAUUUUCUCUCAUUUGAAAGACAUCUCCUGUUCGCUUCGGAAUUUUUAAAAAAAUGACUGAAACUCCUCUACUGAAUAUUCCCUCCUCAAACCAGAGUGAAAACAGAAGCAACUCAACUAUUUGCCCAGAACAGGAUGACUGGUGGGACAUCGUGUACUAUAUAGUACCCAAGUACCUCAACGCUGUCUGUGCUAUUGGAAUGCUUGGAAACGUAUUUGUUCUCUUCAUUUAUUCACUGCACAAGGGCCCCCUGAAGAUAGCUGAAAUCUACCUUAUGAACCUAGCUGUUGCUGAUCUCAUCUUCCUCAUGGGCCUCCCUUUCUGGGCAGAGAACAUCAGGAAUAAAUUCAACUGGCCGUUUGGCAGUUUCGUUUGCCGCAGCAACAGCGCGUCCAUCAGCCUGAACAUGUACACCAGCAUCUACUUGCUGGUGGCCGUCAGCGUGGAUCGCUACUGGACUCUUGUGCAUACCUUGAACCACAGAGGGAUACGGAGCAAAGCUGUUGCCAAAGGGAUCUGCUUGCUCAUCUGGUUCUUUGGCAUCCUCCUCAGUGUCCCAGUUUUUAUGUUUCGGACUGUGAAAGAGUAUCCCCAGUGGAAUAUUUCAGCAUGCACUUUGGACUUCCCCAACCCAGCGUGGGAAAUAGCUCAAAGCCUGGUACUCAACAUAGUGGGAUUUGUGUUGCCAUCUACAGCAAUCAUCUUCCUUAAUUUCUCUACCAUUAGGUCCCUACAAAAAAAAGCAAGAGUACGAAGAGCACUCAGGACAAAGGACUGCAAGGGGCGCAAAGGUACAAAAGCUACCAGGCUGAUCUUCACAGUUGUAUUGACAUUUCUUUUCUGUUGGGCUCCUCACCACUUUUUUGUAUUCCUUGAUGUAUUACACGAUACAGAAGUGAUCAAAGGCUGCUUCUGGGAAGAACUGAUCAAUUUUGGGGAACAGUUUGCUCAUAUGCUGGCUACCACCAACAGCUGCAUUAACCCUGUGAUUUAUGUCUUUGUUGGGAAAUACUUCAGGCAAAAGGCUUUAGAAGUUUUUUCACAGUUUAUUCCCUGUGGAUUUUCUUUGAAAUGGGUAUCUUUAAAAGAAAUGUCGUCAAAUUUCAAAAUGUUUCCAGUCAGGAGUAGUUUAACCUAAUGGUUAUUGUCUCCAUCUUCAUUUUUAUAUUACAACUUAUUUAAUGCCAUUGUAAAUGACAUUAAAAAUUAAUAUGAAUUGCACUGAUCUGCCAUUCGCAGACUAGGAUAAUUAUCUACUAAAGUAAAUCACUUGAUGGCUUAUUUGUCCUCAGGUUUAUUUUUUUAUGUCUGUGUUAUCCAUCCAAAUGCAUAACAUGUGAUAUCAGAAUUUUAUACCAAAUAACCUAAUCUGUUGUACCAAUUACCAGUGGCUUGAAAGAAAAACUGUUUGACAAAAUAACAGAAAAUAUUACAGAAAACCGUAAG